UCUCAGAUCGGCGCUCGCCUGGCUGGGUCGGGCGCGCAGGCGCAGUGGAGAGGCCGCGUGGGGGAGGAAGGCGGCGCUGGGCCAGAGGCCCGCCGCGGGAUAUUCCGGGGCGGCGAGAGCGGAUUUGCCAUGGCUUUCUUUGCUGGGCUCUGGUGCCCCUUCACCCGUGCAGGCAGAGCCCUCAGCCAGCGCAGUUUCAGCACCACUGGGAGCCUCGAUGCAAUUCAGAAGAUGACGCGCGUACGUGUGGUGGACAACAGUGCCCUGGGGAACACCCCAUACCAUCGCCCUCCUCGUUGCAUCCACGUCUAUAACAAGAGUGGGGUGGGCAAGGUGGGUGACCGGAUACUGCUGGCCAUCAAGGGACAGAAGAAAAAGGCACUCAUUGUGGGGCAUCGCAUGCCUGGUCCCCGGAUGACCCCCAGGUUUGACUCUAACAAUGUGGUCCUCAUUGAGGACAAUGGGAACCCUGUGGGGACCCGAAUUAAGACACCCAUCCCCACCAGCCUGCGCCAGAGGGAAGGUGAAUUUUCCAAAGUGCUGGCCAUUGCUCAGAACUUUGUGUGAGCAGUGGCCAGGCCACUGGCUGCACUGGGACUCAUGGGAGGGGACUCGGGGCCUCAUGCCAGGGAACAGUGUCCUGUGACAAAAUAAACCUUUUCCUGUGUGUUCCUUCCUGA